CAUAACUUUUCAAACACGUUGCCAAGUUUACGCUUUUAUUGAAGCAACUGUCAAGCAAAAAAUCAAAAUUGCUUUGCUUAUUUUAAAAUAGUUACAAAAACGACAAGCAUACAAUAUUUAUUUAUUUAAUUCUAUCAAAAAUGGAGAAAUCUUUACCAUCUACAACAACUUUAGAAGAAACAUUUGAUGAUUCCAUCGAUAAUAAGCAGGAUACAGCUUCGAUCGCAUCCAACUCACAAUUUAGUGAUAUUAUUACUUGUGAAUCAAACGAUGAAUACAAUCGCCAUUUGCAGACUCGAAUUUUACUUUUACGUGAUACAAUUCAAAUCCUGAAGAGGCAAUUGCACGAGGAGCGUGAAAUAUGGAAACGUGAGAUGGAAGAACGUCGUGAAAAUGACUACAUUAAUCGUGCUGCUGAAAUGGGUUACUAUUACACGGAUGCAAAUAGUUCACCAUUUAAUUCUGUAAUGAAUAUGAGUAGUAAUGGUGGCUUAGAUUCUGAAAUCAUGUCGAAAUAUUCAGAUACCAUGCUACAAAAUCAUUACGAGAAUCGUCAAAAUCUUCAGAAGCAAAUUGCAAUGGCAAACUACAAGAGAAGACUUCUUGAAGUUGAGAAUAUGUGUAAUUUGGAGCUGUUGAGAGUGAAGCAAAGCGUUCAGAUACUGCAACCUUUGCAAGUGAUGUGCUCCGAGUGGAAAUUUCCUGGUGAGGGUGGAGAUAUCGGAAUUAAAAGUGAAGUAACUGACACAGAUGAGGAAAAGUUAAAGAAUCGUCCAACUGAAGUAGCAAUGCCGCUUGAAAUGAUUGCGCAGCGUGUUGACGAUGAUCGAAAUUUAUUAAUGAGUGAAACAGCACCGCUUGAAAUGUGCAGAAGUCAACCGAAUUUAAGUGAUUACAGUGACAGACAGUGAAUUUUGAUGUUAUUUACUGAUAAAUUCGCUCACACAUUCAAAUAAAUUUUUAGUUUGUGCUUUUCAAA